ACUUGCAGACCAAUUUGAAGAUGCAAAUACAUCGGUAUCUGAACGCAUGAAGAUUUUCUACUGUUGCCAGGUGCCUCCACGUUGGGCCAUACAGCGUCAGCUCGCAAGCUUACUCUUCGAGCUGGGAUGCACCAGCUCUGCCUUAAAGAUAUUCGAGGAGCUGGAAAUGUGGGAAGAUGCAGUAAUCUGCUAUGAAAGAGCAGGACAGCAUGGAAAGGCAGAAGAAAUACUCAGGCGGGAGCUAGAGAGAAAGGAAACACCACGAUUAUAUUGUUUGCUUGGUGAUGUUCUCAAAGACCACCAGUACUAUGACAAGGCCUGGGAGCUCUCCAGGCAUCGCAGCGCCCGCGCCCAGCGCUCCAAAGGCCUCCUCCAUCUCCGCAACCGGGAAUUCAGGGAAUGUGUGGAGUGCUUUGAACGUUCCGUGCAGAUCAACCCUAUGCAGCUAGGUGUAUGGUUUUCCUUGGGCUGCGCAUACAUUGCUUUAGAAGGCUACGAAGGUGCUGCCAAAGCAUUUCAGCGCUGUGUGACAUUGGAACCAGAUAAUGCUGAGGCCUGGAACAAUUUAUCGACUGCUUAUAUCAGAUUAAAACAGAAAAUCAAAGCAUUUCGAACCCUCCAAGAAGCUCUCAAGUGCAACUAUGAGCACUGGCAAAUAUGGGAGAACUAUCUUCUCACCAGUACAGAUGUUGGAGAGUUUUCAGAAGCAAUUAAAGCUUAUCACCGGCUCAUGGACUUAAGAGAAAAGUACAAGGAUACACAGGUGCUGGCUAUUCUGGUCAGAGCGGUAGUGGAUGGUAUGGCAGAUCGCACUGGAGAGGCAGCGAGUGGACUGAAGGGGAAACUGCAGGAGCUCUUGGGCAGAGUGACUUCACGAGUGACAAAUGAUGGGGAGAUCUGGAGACUUUAUGCCCAACUUUAUGGAAAUGGACAGAAUGAUAGUGCUGAAGAUAUUGAAAAGUCACUGCAGUGUCUCACUAAGGCACAUAAAUGUGAAAUUCAAUCAAGUGAUUGGGAGAAAGAUGUUUCUUCUUUUAAGGAAGUGGUGAAAGGAGCCAUAGAGAUUGCACAUGUGGCUAUAAAAUGCAGCAAGAACAAAUCUAAUCAUCAGGAAGCUUUGCAGAUACUUUCUUCAGCUCGUCUCAAUUUGCGUGGCUUGUCAUCCAAAGCAAAGCAACUUUUUGUAGAUGUCACGAGCGACGAGGUUCCCCGUGAGGUGGCUGAUGAGGUGACAGCUAUGGACGACGUGAUUGCUGAGCUGCAGGAACUGAGCAACCAGCUGAGAGACCGGUGCUGACAUACCGACCAAAUUU